AUGGCGAGGAUACUUCUCAAUUAUUCUAGCUCUGAUGUUCGACUAUUCUUUCGUAUCUUCUUCGUUGUUGCAUUUAUCCUCAUUAACCUUCUGGGGACCAAAUGUCUGGCCGCCCGGGCGAAAGUCAGACUUCUCCAGCGGCGGACGGUUCCACUGCCGUACAUGACUUCUUGGCUUGGAAGCUUCGACUCUUUGUAUGCUUUGCGUGUGGUCAAGACACUGCCAGGCGGAUGGCUGAGCUUGUUGAUGAUCUUUGCUUACCUCCUGAACCUGAGCUCGGAUUUUACUUCAGCUCUUAUCAAGUCAGUGCCUGUCCACGACCGUUGUCAGUUCGGUACCGGCCUAGUGGUCUCGAGUGCCCUCAUUGAACUGGUGCCAUGGAAUGGUGCGCCGUAUACGGUCGUAUCCCAAGCGCAAACGACGAGCCUGCUCAACGACGGCCUGAAGGGAGUCUACAAAAAGGCAAAUCGAGAUGUCAAUUUCAGUGCUGAUGCCGAUGACUUGCUUGGCGGAUGGCACUGCGACAGGAAUUCGCUUGAGCUGGAUUAUCCCUGGGACGUAUCAGUCAACGACAUAGUGACCAGUCUACAGCAACAUGAUCUCCUGUACGACACACCGUAUGCCGUCUCCGCCUCGAUCGGAAACACAUCCCACUUAGUGGUGCUUGAUACGUCUGUUGGAGAGAAUGUUGGCACAGUCUUCGACGUACGGUUCUCAGUCGAUAUCACUCCAUAUGGUAACGUGACGAAGCACAUGCAAAGUUACCAAUGCACUCUAGAUGAUACCUACGGUUACCUACAACCGAUCCAGGAAAUGAUACAUUCACAUGACACUCUCAAGAACUGGGCCGAAAUGUUCCAAGGCUCGGUAUACGAGGGCACGGGCACACCUGCAUCCAACAACACUGGAGGUAUCCUGGAACAGACUCUCAACUCAAUGACCAUGGUUGCAGGGGGCGACAACUACCUCCUCAACACCGCGCACUCCUCAGAAACACAAGGGUGCCUGACGCAGCGCACGCACAUCCUAUGGGAACUUCUCAUGCUCUCCGGCCUUACACUCCUUCUCUUAGCUUUCCUGCUCUUAUUUUGGCUCGGAAUGGUCAUCAGGUUGAAAGUCCUGAGCGGUCGCAUGAAUGUCGAGGACGCAAGGUGGAUCCAAGAGAAUACUCCGACCGGAAAUUUUGGGUGGAUGGCACAGGCUGUGAGGGAAUCUCACCGACCACGCGCCGUACAAGUCAAGACGGCUGACCUGAAGCAUUGGCAUUUUGGAGGGAGCUCGGAGGGAGCUGGCGGCCUCUGGAUCACCAACAAGGCAACUCAUUCAAAUGUCGCCGAGGAAACAAUCUCGUUGCGACCAACCCUCAAUGACCCUUCGAACCUGUGGCCAUAUUGCCCCUCCGUCGCUGCAGCAUUGAUCCUCGCGAUCCUCUUCCUGGGCACCACCGUCGUCCACAUAUACCAGGCCGUGCGCCACCGACAACUCUUUUGUCUUGUCGUCGUCAUCGGUGCCUUCAUGGAGACGGCAGCCUUUGCCUUCCGGUUCCUGUCGGCCAAGCAUCCUACCCAAAAAGGAGCGUAUGAUGCGUCUUUCCUCCUGAAUCUUCUGGCCCCAAUCUUUGUCAACGCCUUUGACUACAUGAUCAUCUCGCGGCUGGUCCGGUGUUUUCUGCCCAAGACCAAGGUCUUUGGGCUGGGGGGCAACAUCAUGGGAAAGAUCUUUGUCUGUUGUGAUAUAAUAUCAUUCAUAAUCCAGAUCGGUGGCGGCCUUUUGACCCUGAGCAAGACGCCAAACUCGGCCAAGACGGGGAUUCACAUUGUGACGUUUGGGGUGGUGUUUCAAGAAGCACUGAUCGUCUUCUUCUUUGCCCUGACCGUGCGACUGACGCGGAAGCUUGACUGGGUCAUACCUCGCGGCCAGACGUCCAAGGAAGCCAAAAUGCGAGUCCACGCCGUGCAGAUCUCCUUGCUCUUGAUCACCUACCGCAUCGUCUACCGAAUCGUCGAGUUCUCUUCCGGUGAAGGCAGCAGCUUGAACACGUACAUCAACAACCACGAGUGGUGCGAGUAUGUCUUUGACGGCAUACCGAUGGUAUUUGCCUUGGUGGUCAUGAACGUCUGGCAUCCAGGGAUAGUGCUGUCGGCUGGAAACGACGAUGGAUUUGCGGUGCCCUUGAACGAAUACUGA